GCGUUUUAGGAGCCCCCCAUUUCCCGACUGACCACCUUGUGCUGCAUCCUGCAUCCAGCAUUCUGUAUUUCACACAAAGUCCAAGCUCAGGUUCAGGUUGGAGAGUAUACCGACCCUACCCGAGUCCUCUGCUUCUUUCUAUUGCUUCAGCAAUCCUUUGCCCGCAUGCUUUGUUCGCCCCCGUUGCUUCUGUCCCCCCGCGACACCCAUCCAGUCGUCAUUCUCGCCUGGCGCCGGCCCCCGACAAGCGGGCAGUCGAGUUGCCUGGACGCAAACCCUCGUUUGGGCCCCAGCUAAGGCGAGACGGCCACGAUACCCGAGUAACUCCCCUCCGAGCUGGCGACAACGGUGUCGCCCACCACCACCUCCUCCCCUCCAACCCCCUAGAGCUGCCCGAGAGUGCGCUACUGCCAUCGCCGAUCAGUUGCGAACAGGACGGAAAAGGGCAGAGAAGGUCACUGUGCUGGGAGCUGGACUUGGGGUUUGCUUCGAGUAGAGUUCACAAGAAGAGGCUCUGUCUUGUAAGGCGGUAAACGGCUUCGACAAAAAUAUGGCUUCAGAUACUGUACCUACCACUCCAGUCUAUCACAACGACCGCUCAGAUCGACCAAUCCGACCGCUCCCUAAACGUCGCCUCCGCGAACGUCUGUCGCCGGAAGUCGCUGAUUCGAUCGAGUAUCCACCAGCUCGCCAGUCCGCACCGGCUCUGUUUUCAUACCCAUGUAACCUGAAAGGGGCGCUGUCGGAGGAAGAGUCGGGCUCAGGCGCCAGAGACCCUCGUCCAGAUGUCUCGGGCCAUUCCACACCUCGCAAGAAUGGGGCAAGUGCCGCGUCUGAGAUGGACGAGACGUCCACCAGGAGAGCUGUCGUGGCCCGCCCACCAACAGAAUCUCUGGGUCGCUCGCCGCGAUUGCUGCAAAAAUCCGAUGCUUCGCGGCAGGGCCACACGCCACAGCCUCCGCCUUCAGCAGCAUCGUCGGCGGACGGGUAUGAUUCUUUCGAGAACACGAAUAACAAAAAGAAGAGGAAGAUUCCGACGGCGGGAGAGAUGAAUGGGACACAUGGCCUGAGCGAUCAUGGCUUGAACGAUUCCCACGCCGGGUCUCCUGGCCUGGCAGCAAUACCGGACAGGCCAGGAGAGAAUGUGAACUCUACUUCGGUGCCCUACUACGGAUCGGGAAGUUUCAUUCCUGCUGGCCAAAACGUUUCUGGUCCUGGACGAGGCCGUUUUGGAAGGGCAAGAAACGGUAGGAGUCCGUUGCAAACUCUCUCUGAUGCUAGUGGCAACUGGCUAGGCCGGAAUUCUAAGAAUCGUUCAGGUCACUGGUCCCCCACAGCCCAAAGCACCGGCAUUAUUUCUAACGCGAUUGCCAACGCAGAAAAAAUCCCCGCCCUAGAAGGUCAGGAAAACACCAGCCUGCUCCACCAGCAGCAACCGGUCAAGUCGACCCCAGCUACAACGCAGUUCACCUUUACAUGCGACUCUCAAGUCCCGGGAACUUUAGCAUGGCCAGGUUCCGACCCCAAAAUGUCUAGUUCGGCUGCAAUGGACUACAGCCAGCCAGCGGCAGGAACCUAUACGCACUCGCGUGCUAGCCAGACACCCCAACCGGUAGGCGCCAUGGGUGGUCCCAGCCAAGAGGGUGCCCCCUCAGAAGGUAGCUUACGGGGCGAAGCUCCUCAGUCAGCGGCUACCCUUGAACGCAGAAACCGGCGCCGAGCGGCCAGAGACCUGCACCUACAAGCGAGGAAGCGUCGGGAGGGGACUGCUCGACAGAACUUCCUCAACCCGCCCAAGCUGGAGGAUCAAUGGAUCUGCGAAUUCUGCGAGUACGAGCGCAUCUUUGGCUACCCCCCAGUGGCUCUGAUUCGACAGUAUGAGAUCAAGGACAGGAAGAUUCGCCAACAAGAGGAGGAACGACGCCGUGUGUGGGAGAAGGCAAAGGCGAGGAGCCGCAAGGGCAAGAAGAACAAGGCACCAUCGAAGAUCAGUGCCAACAACAACACCAACUCAAACGGCAACAGCGUGCACAGUCAUCCCAAUGACGCACAUGCGGCACCGCCAAUGAGUCUCGCACAAAGUCAGGGUACGCAGAGUGACGUGUUCGACGACGAGGACUACGAGGUAGAAGGCAACUAUGACCUUGAUCCAAGUCAACCGCCGGCCGAAUAUAAUCGCUCUCCAAAGACAUUGUCUGACACGCAAGGACUGGAUCACGGCGGCGGCGGAGACAGCGGAGGCCGCACUGUAGCCGGGUCAGGAGCAAUACAAACGGAGGGAGCACAGGGAAAAAUUUAAGACUCGUGAUAAACCCCCGUCAAACGGCUCCAGCGGAAGGGACCAGCGAGAGGGGAGGAGCGCCGGUGCUUCUUUUGGUUCGCGCCUUCGGAAGCGGACGCAGCAGGCAGCACUCCUGGAAAAUCCACCCCUCCUGGUCUGUGAGCUCUCUGUAGGGGCGCCAGCGACUGGUGUCUAACUGGAAAGGCAAUUUCAACAGAUCCGAUCUCGCGAACCUCUGGUACACGUUGCUGGGGACAGGUUCUCACGACAAGAGGCAAAGAGGUGGUCAGCUGGGAUUGAGGCUUUACGAGUUGUCACUCCGCCCCCAUAUCUGCACAACUCCGCUCUUCUGUGCACAUAAGACAAUAUAAUUCCAAAACACACGCCAUGGGACGACGUUUCCAAGAGUGGGACUGCUGGGAUAUGGAGAGCCGGAGCUCGCUGGUUGUGAGUGGACCGGGGGGCUCCCCAAGGAACGGGCGCUUGGGACGAAACUCGAGUAUUGGUCCUCAACUCCUCACAAACAUACCCAGUUGAACCGUAGGACCAAUGUAUGAGAUGGAUCCUCAGAGAUAUGAAACUGUGCAAAUGUCAACCCCACCUCUCCCCGG